AUGACACCUGGCUACCCCCGAUACAUAGAACCCGCUUCAGCACCAAGGGCUCUUGAUAACUUCUCAGUUCAUCGAACUGUGACAGAGAAUCCUGAUCUGGAUAUGCCGUCCUUUUCUUCUGUUGACUUCCCAAUAAUGACAGCCUCAAGCGGACUCGUGAACGGCAUAAAUUCCGAGAAUCUGUAUGGAGAGGACAUAUUUUCCUCCACUUAUACGCAGCUCUCACCAGGCCGCACAGGAGCAGACGCCUAUACUGCUGAUUGGGAGGGGUCCCAUCCAGAUGUGUUUGGUACUGGCAAUGCUCAAAUUCCGCACGGCUUCACUCCUUACGCUUUGCGCUUUCCCUCGCCAUUAUUAUUCAACGGUACUGGCGAGGUGAAGGAACUUGAAGCAUCUUCAAACCAUGGAAAUGAAGGAGCUAGUCAACCAUACGCACCUCGAAUACGUGAUCCCUCCACGUCAGCUGCACCGUACUAG